GGAAGGGGGCGCGCGCACCGGGUCCGCAGACGGAGUUGCCAUGGAUGGGGCCAUGGUAGCGGGUGACCUUCUGACACUGGGGUACGAUGCCCUCCCGGAGGGGGCGUCUCGGGGUCCCGCGUGUGCAGACUUCAGGGCGCUGUGCGCGCGGCUGGCGGCCGAGCUGACGGCUCUGGGAGCUCUGGAGCGGCGAGAGGAGGGCACCGCAGUGCUGGGCGCCGGCCACGGCCCGGACACAGAGGAAGAGUUCCUGCGGCAGUUGGCCGGCUGGCUGCGGGCGUUGCACUGCCCGGAUCGCGCGCUCUGCGGCGGAGACUGCGCCACCGUGCUGCGGGAGCCCGGCGGCGGCCUGCGUCUGCUGCGGUUUCUUUGCUCUGAGCUCCAGGCUGCCCGCCUCUUGCAUCUAAGGCUCCAGCGGGAUUCUAGCCCUGUGCCAUCCUUUGGAGAAGGGACAAAGAAGGCGAAUGGCGUUGUUCAGGAACUGACGCUAACUCUUCAAGCCCUGGGGCUCCCCAGACCCCUGCGUGGAACCCUGGCUAGCCAGCUACUUCGGGAGUUUCAUGACAAGAUCUCUGAGCUGCUGCCGUCCCUGCCCCCGGAGUCCAUGAAGCCCCUCCUUAACUCGCAGCUGGAUGCAUCCCGAUGGGAAGCCCUGGAGUCUCUGUCCCAAAGCCUGACAGAGCAGUACUGCUGCCGCCGCUGCCUCCUCCUGAAGCGCCUUGACCUCACAACAUCUGCUUUCCACUGGGGUGACCGGGCAGAGGCCCACGGAGAGGUCAUGAAGGCGGUGCUGUCCCCAAUCCGAGGGCUUCUGACUCCAGAAUCUGAUGUCUCUAUCGCACAUGUUCUGGCUGCCCGAGCUGACCUUUCCCGCCUGGUCCCAGCUACCAGUGUGGCUGCCCGACGAGGGACCAGUUGUGCAAUCAACAAGGUGCUUAUGGGUGAUGUGCCAGACCGUGGGGGGCGCCCCAGUGAGCUGGAAGCUCCCAUGCCUACUUGGAAGAGCCGACGAGAAGAUGGAGGAAGGGGGAAGGCUGGCCAACAGCGCUGGGGCCGCAGAAAGAAGAAGAAGUGAAGGGCCUUUGAGGGACGGUUGCAGAUUCUGCCAGGCGCUGAUGCUGCUGGCACUCCUUCAGGAGGCACUGAGGGGUUAUCCUCGGCAAGCCUGGCCUUCCCUAUUCUAGAGGCCCUAAAUGCCCUACACCCAGCCGCCACUCAACACUAUGAACCGUGUUGUCUGAAAAAUAAAUUUAGUUCUUUUGAUGGCUA